AUGUUAGUGAACUACGAGGGACGUUCAAUGUAUUUCGUUCAAGGGUAUUUAUUCCUCGUCUUCAUCAGCUUCUGCGUCUAUACGCAAUCUUACGAUUAUAUUAGUCGAAGGUCUCAGCCAAUUCAACGCCAGAACUACCGAUAUAAAGAACUUAUAAAUAUGUAUGAAUCGCGUAAUUUAGAGUUUGGUUUCCCUAGUGAAUCCGAGCGGCAGGCAACACUGCGUGAUGGGCGUUACAAUCCAGAUAGCCCGUUACCAAUCGAUGUGGAUGUAUAUUAUUCACCGCGAUAUAGAGGGCCAACGAUUUUUAUUACAAUACCACGUUUUGGCAAAGGCGUGCCCUAUUCGCUGGCCUAUCUAACAAAUGUUCGAAGACCAAAUGGUACAGAGCUGCAACCGUAUCCCAGUUAUGAGUGGCAUUGGUCACAUGGUAGAGACUGCAAUGGGCUUACCUCAGUUUGCCGUGUCCAUAUUGAUCCCUGUGGCAGAAUGUGGAUCCUCGAUAGUGGCGAGAUAGAUAAUACCCAAUAUUGUCCGCCCCAAAUUGUCGUCAUUGAUUUAGCUACAAACAAAGCGCUACAUCGCUAUCGUCUACCUGAAGCUAUGUUCAAACGCAGCAUCAGUCGCUUUGUUACACCAUAUGUGGAUGUACUGGAUCCACCACCACAUGGCCGCUGCCAAAGAAUCUUCGUUUAUAUGGCGGAUGCAACGGGGUUUGGUAUUGUGGUCUAUGACGUACAGAGAGCGCAGUCAUGGCGCAUUGAAAACAAAUACACCUAUCCUGAUCCGGAUUUUAGUACACAUACUAUCGCGGGUGAGAGCUUUGAGCUUCUAGAAGGUACAAUUGGGCUAUCUGUAACGCCUUUAGAAUCGGGUGUCCAACGUUGGCUUUAUUUCCAUUCGUUCUCGAAUGACGCACAAGUGGCAAUUCCAUUGGACAUCGUCAACAAUAGCACAUUUUGGGAGAACGGCUUAAGUUCAGCUAUAUCGAAUCAUAUAUUGCUCGGCAAGCGUGGCGUACAAUGCGCUGCAUCUGCGAUGACAUCAAAUGGUGUGCUUCUGUGUGGGCACUACGCACCCAUAGGACUAUUUGGUUGGAAUAUUCUUACGCCCUAUGCAGCACAAAAUCGUUUCUUGCUGGCUGAGAAUCCUAAUACGCUGCAAUUUGUUAGUGGUCUGAAGGUGAUAACAAAUCGGUUGGGUAAAGAAGAGGUAUGGAUGCUGUCAAAUCGUAUACAAAAGGCUUUUACUGGCAGAAUCAAUUACAAUGAGAUUAACUAUCGGAUAAUGCGGUGUGGUGUUGAUGAAUUGCUGCUGGGAUUGCCUUGUUAAUCCUU